AUGUUCAAGCUCGUAGUGUUGUCCGCUCUCCUCGCUGCCGUGGCCGCCAAGCCGGGCGUGUUCUUCACCGCCCCGCUGGCGCCUACCACUUACGUGGCCACGGUCCCGGCCACCACCUAUGUGCAGUCAAGCAGAUACUACCCGGCACCCACCGUCUACUCAUCCCUGUCCUACCCACACUUCAUCAAGAAGCGCUCGGCUCCAUUCUACACCAGCUAUCUGGCGCCCUCUACCUAUCUAGCACCCGCUCCCCUGACCACGGCCUACUCGACUUAUCUCCCUAGUGCAUCGUAUUAUUCUACAUAUCCCGGUUAUGCCGCUACGUUGCCAUUCAUCAAGAAG